AUGAGUACACAACUCGCCCUCUAUCACCACGACUGUGGCGUGGCCGAGGUCAGGGAGUGCAGGAUUCCGGAGCCUACCGAUGACGAGGUUCUUGUCAAAGUGGCUGCCGUAGCCCUGAAUCCAAUUGAUUGGAAGAUACUCCAUGGGUCAAAGCCUUCAUUGCCAGCCAUCCUCGGCUGUGACUUCGCUGGUACUGUGGCUAGCGUUGGUAAUGGUGUGACAAAGACCAAGGUUGGCGAACGUGUCAUCGGCUUUGUAGCAGGAGGCAAUCCUCUGAGACCAACAGAUGGUGCAUUUGCCCAAUAUGUUGCUGCCCCAGCACAUAUGAUUCUUCACCUACCCCAACAUAUGUCGUUCGAAGACGGCGCAUCACUACCAAGUCCUCUAUUCGUUGGUGGAUUCUGUCUGUAUAAACACUUGCCAAUCCCAUAUCCAUCAUAUCCAGGUGAUGCAAACAUUAAGCAGCCUGUAGCAAAUGAUGAAGGUGACCGUACAGCGGUGUUAAUUUACGGUGGCGGCACAGCUACCGGGUCAAUACAGAUUCAAUUGGCUAAGUUGUCGGGGUUAAGUGUAUACACCGUGUGCUCCCGCGAUAGCUUCGAGUUAGUGAAAAGAUGUGGUGCUGAUUACAUUUUCUAUCAUGAUGAACCGGCUUCAUUAACUCAUCUGCGUGGCGUUACACAAGGCAAAAUAAAAGCGUCGGUUGAUUGUAUCUCUUCAGAAUACUCUGCUGCUAUAUGUGCUGCCAACAUGGACAUUUCUGGAGGCAAGUACAUCAGCCUUACCGCAGCAGACAGGAUCAACGAUCCACGAAUCACGGUUGUUAAAAUUUUUGGUUUCACAAUGAUGAAUAGAGAAUUCAUUUUCGAAUCGAAGGGAAUUCGCGCAGAUAUUAACCACGAUAAUGCAAACUUUGCAGCUUUUUUUAGUCAAAUUGCCGAGCGGCUCAUAGCAGUCGGAGCAAUUGAGCAUGGGGCGGUAGAAGUUCGUCCUGGUGGCUUGGAUGGAAUUCUUUCCGGGCUGGAAGACUUAAAAGCUGGGACUGUACAUAGAAAAAGGCUGGUCUAUCUCAUUGAAUGA